GAAGCGCGCGGACCUAAAGGGACCUGCUGCACCAGUCGCUAAUAAAACUGUUUUGUUUGUUUGUUUCUUCUUGGCACUCUGUCGAAUAACUGAUGCAGUCUAUAUGGUUUAUUUCCCAGUGUUUAUGACAAAUGCAACUGGAGUAAGUUCGCGGAUUCUUUGGAUAUAUACUGUUGCUUUGGCGGAAUAUAUCAAGGAAUAAUGUGGAAGUAUUUCAGAUGCCAUGGUGGAUGACAUCCGACAAUGAACACAGAUUUUUAGAAGCAACUUCAAACUUCUCAACCAAAGUCAAAGUCAUUUGACAAUAGCUGUGUCCCUGAUGUCAAGGCCUUAUUUCUCUACCCGAGGUCUUAAACCUCCCGUGGCACCUAAACCAAGGCUAGCUGCUGAGGUGAGCCAAAGCAUUGUGAGUAAUGGACACAUAACGUCCUCUGAUAGACUUGAACUGGAGCAGGACAAUGAAUCAGAGGUCUCACAGGAUGAAGCCGAUGCAUCCAGAGAAAACUGUACAGAUGAUUACGAGAAGAAGGACACUGAGAAAAAGUUCAAGAUAACCAAUCAUGACAUUAUUUGUUAUAAUGAAAUAGAGGAAGAAUUACAGAUGGUAGUGGAUGAAACAAUGGGAGAGGAGGAAGUUAAAGAUGAUGCCACUGCCUCUUUGAAUUUGGUUGAGGUGGGUGAUGUAAUCCUUGAUUCAGCAGAUGAGGACCUCAUUAAAAACACUGAUGAUAUCAGCCCAUCAGAGAAUACAGAAAAUGCUAAUGAUGUACUUGAGGACACAUGUGCAUGUUCGAAGAGUGAGACACAUACUAAAAAACAGCCUGCAGGUAAAUCGGCAGAGAACAAAGACCCUCAAAGCCCAUAUGCAGAGACUGAGGAACCACCAUCAGUCAAUUGUGAGGAUUCUACAGUGUGCCUCACUUAUUACACAGAACAGCCUUAUUACAGUAAGAGGGAGUCCAUCCCUUGUGAGCAUUCUAUUGAUUGUGACAGUGAUCAGUAUGAAGAGGACACUAGUGCAAAGUGUGUACAUCAUGAGGCAGAAGAGGAUCUGACCUAUAAUGAAACUGGACUUUCUUCAAAGGCUACAAACUGUAGUCAACCCUCACUAUGUGAGGAAUAUCCUUACAAUGUCAUUGGCACACUGGAUGAAAACAAUACUUGGCAGGCUGAACGUGCUACCAAAGACCCAUCUGGACGGUUCAGGUUUGCAGAGGAGACAGAAAAUGCAUUUCAGCCCUACUCUGUAAUAGAGGUUCUACCAGGUGAUUUGAUGUGUACCUCUGACCCAGAAGCAAGGUGCACCAAUGAGUCCAGCAAUGAGAAACCAAUGGACUCUAAGAACACAACAGAAGAGACAUCAAACCAAGAUCCUUACUACAUAUCGUCAAAUGAUGUGGCAGAGUUAGAGGAGGAGCAAGCUAAAUUAGAAAAUGGUAUCUCUCAGUCAACAAAGCCUUCUAAGCAGGAGGGUAAAGAGAUGGGACAAAGCGAGGCAGUGGAUGACUAUGCUGAUAUUGAAGAGCAGUAUGCCGAUGAUCAACAAGUGGAGUGUGUGUCCUCUGAAGAUUACGUGGAGAUAGGAGAUGAAGAUGAGCCGGUAAACAUGGACAGGAAAACUAAGGGGAAAAGUGUAAGGGAACGAUCAACUAGACGAGAACAAGCCUUCUUGAGCCAGAGAAACAGCUGCCAGCCACGUCUUAGACUUUGCAACAUCACUGUUCCAGCUGACCUGGAUUUAGGCAGAACUCCUGAACUUACCAACCGUGUGGUUUUUGCCCACACCACUGAAGCAUUUGAAGAGGACAUAGAAGAGCUGGACUGCCAUAUUGUGCCUUUCUUUGAGGACUCAGACACAGAAAGUGAUGAACACAUUUAUGAGGAGGCUGGCUUCGACUCAGAGGGGGAGAACUUUAUCUCUCUCGACAGGAAGAGCAUUGUGACGAGAUCUCGCUCGCUCUCUGGGAAAGUACCUGGAUAUGUUCCUGAGACUGUGCCUGAGGAAACUGGCACUGAAUACCAGACUCACGACUACUACACUUUGGCCUUGGACCAGAAUGGCGAUCCACAGCCCAAGUCUUCAGAUCAAACUGAGGCCAGUCAAAUUAAUUCCUCAUUGAAGCAAAGGCGUUUUCUUCCAUCUCCUCGAUCGCUUUCUGUUGAGGGUAGAGAUACACCAUUUUUAGUACACUUUGAGGGUGAGAAUUCUCCUAGAGAGGAAAGCAGAUUGCAAAGAAAGGAUAACACACUUUCGUUGCCUUGUGUCAUCACUUCUUCUGGAAGCUUUUCUCAAAGAAGCCACCAGUCCUCAAGUGGUGUGUCAACACCUACAUCUCUAGUUGAUAUCCCACCACCCUUUGAGUUAGCUUACAUAACUAAGAGGCCGGUCACCAAAAGCUCUCCAUCCAUUUUUGUCCAACAUGAAUGUCCUGACAACCCGAAAAAGAAGAAGACCUCAUUCAAACGUUUCUUUGCUCUGAAAUUUAGGAAAAAAGCGGAAAGCAAAGCCAGUGGAGAUGGCAGUGUUCGCUCCUCUAGGUCAUCAUCUGAGUCUAGCCAUCAUGGCCCCAUUCGGGUGCUGGACCUUGAUCGCCAUAGUACAAGUAGCUCCCCCCAGCUUCAGUCCCAUGUGACUAAGCCACAACGCAACUUGGAGUUACCUACCACCUUUCUGCUUUACAAAGAGAGGCAAAGGAGGCAAGGUGCACCCAAGAGUUACAGCAACAUGGGUAUAGCCAGAGUUGAGUCCUUUGAGGACCGCUCUCGGCCCCCCUUCAUGCCUCUACCCCUCACUAAGCCUCGCUCCAUCUCUUUCCCUAGUGCAGAUACAUCUGACUAUGAAAAUAUUCCUGCAAUGAGCUCAGACUAUGAGAAUAUUCAGAUACCGCAUGGGAGGCCCACUCGGGCAGUCACUAUUACUGAAUUCUUUGAUGAUCAGAAUCGAACAACAACACCUGCCAAUGAGAACGAUGGCUAUGUGGACAUGAACAGCUUUGCAGGAAUAGAAAACAAGACCACUACUCAAGAGCAAGACACUGAAAGUGCCUACACUGAGCCAUUCCCUGCGCCUGUCUCUGUAUCCAAUGAGGAAGACCAUGGACGCACCUCUGAGGAAGAGGAGGGUUGUGGAGACCUCUGCCAUGACAGACAGAUUGAUGGGCGAUCCAGAGCCUACUAUGUUGCCAAAGACCUGGUGGAUUCAGAAAGAGAACACGUGAAGGCUCUGAAGAUUCUUCAGGAGGACUUUAUGGCAGCAGUGGCUGCAGCAGUAGGUGAGAAUGAAGAGCCUGUGAUAGAAAAGGGGAAACUAAACGAGAUUCUUAGCACUCUUCCUCAGGCCUACCAUCUGCACACUGAGAUCCUCAAUGAGCUAGAAACCCGCAUUAAACAGUGGGAGGACAGCCCGACAGUGGUUGAUGUCAUAUUAACGCGGCAGGCAGAGUUUUCAGCCUUCGCAACCUACAUCUCAGACUAUGACCGCAGCAUAUCACUGCUGGAGGAGAGCUGUAGACAGAGUAAAGCUUUUGAGGAUUUGGUUAAACAGUUUGAGACACAGAAUGCAGAAGGUGUUCAUGUUCCUCUGAAACAUCAGUUGCUGCGGGUCAUCAUGCGUGUGCUCCAGUAUCGCAUGCUGCUCACAGAUUACUUAAACAACCUCUCCCCCGAUUCAAAAGAGUAUGAGGACACACAAGCCGCGCUGGUAAUCGUGUCAGAGGUUGCAGACCAGGUUAAUGACAAUCUAAAACACGGGGAGAACUUGCUUCGUUUGGUACACAUUGACUACAGCGUGAGAGGCAAAAGAGACCUUCUUCAACCAGGAAGGGUUUUUGUCAAGGAGGGCACUCUGAUGAAGGUCUCUCAUAAAAGCCGGCAGCCCAGACACCUCUUCCUGAUGAAUGACGUAAUGCUGUACACCUACCCACAGCAGGAUGGCAAAUACCGAUUGAAGAACACACUGACUCUAAGUGGGAUGAAGGUCAGUAAACCUGUCAUAGACAGUGUGCUCAACACACUCAGGAUAGAAGUCAAUGAUGUUACCAUCACCCUUUCAGCAAGUUCUUUAGGAGAGCGAGAAGAUUGGUUCCACACGCUGAGCCGGGCUAUAGCAGAUCACGCCGCAGGUCUUAACACCUUCAGCUGUUCUAGUGAGGCGAGAGAAAAAUUGUGGAUGUCUUUAGGAGAGGCUGCACCUGUGCUGGCUCCUGUAUCACACGUGAUGAUGUGCAUGAACUGCACUUCUGAUUUUAGCCUUACACUGCGACGGCAUCACUGCAAUGCAUGUGGAAAGGUAGUGUGUCGUUCCUGCUCACGGAACAGGUAUCCACUGAAGUAUCUGAAGGACAGGAUGGCUAAAGUGUGCGACCACUGCUAUGCCGAGCUCAGAAAGAGAAGUGGUAAUAUUCCUGGAACAUGUGGGAGCACUAGUCCUCGCACACACCAGGCCAGCAGGCCUCUCUCUGCUGUGUUCCAAAGUCUACAGCCCCCCAGCCUAUGGAGAAACAGAAAGAGCACCUCACCUCUCACACAGGUGUCUGUUGGUGUAGAAGGGUCCACUAUGAGCGGCAGUCUGCAGAGGCGCAAAAAAAGCAAAAGGAAGUGGAAGAGGCUGUGGUUCCUGCUCAAAGACAAGGUGCUCUACACCUUUAAAGCACGAGAGGAUAAGGUGGCAUCUGAAAGUCUUCCUCUGCAGGGUUUUACUGUAAAGCUGUCGGAUCAAUCAGAGGGAGAAGACACAGACAGUGUUUUCCAGCUUUACCAUAAAAAAACACUCUAUUACACCUUCAGAGCAGAUGACCAUCAUACUGCUCGCAGGUGGGUAAAUGCAAUGGAAGAGGCCACAGUGUUAUAGUAUCCACCUAUUUGCCCGGAUGACAACAUGACUCGGGCAAGGUUCUCAUCUCUUCUGCACAGUUACAGACAGCUUAACCCAUUAUGGGCUUAAACCUAUGACAUCACAGUUGCCUGUGCCUGAGAAACCAGCGGAACCACACCAUGGAUACCUUUGUUUUUAUCUUUAUAUUCUUUUUGGCUGCUGAAUUUAAGGAAUAAGACCUUAAAAUGUGCAUAGAGUCCAGGCAUGUCAUGUUUGGUGCUUUUUUCACUUGCGAGCUGUCCCAAGAGGAGUCCAUGUAUGCCUCACCUACUUGACUUUACAGACUAAUUGAAAAAGUGCCAAAUGUAAACACUUCAGUUGCAGAGUGAUGUUGCAGUCUGCUCAGGUGCUGUGAAUGAUUGUUCUAGGACUACUCAUCUGUGUGGACAAAUAAAAGAGAAUGUUCUUUUUUUUUUUACUGUAACUUACUACCUUUCUAUAUGCAGAUAACAUUCAGUGCAGUCAUUUUAUACACUGAUGCAGUGAAUUAUGUACAUUUAAAAUUAACUUAAGUACAAGACAUUUGUUAUAGUUUGGAUGAAUAUGAUAAGCCUACACAGGUUUGUUAUAGACAGUGUAUUGUUGAUUUCAUUUAACAGCAAAAUAUUUAACAUGGCAUCCUACCACCUCAGAUAUCAAGAGUCCAUGUUUAAUAUGCAAUGGCACAGUAUGAUAUAUUUACAUGUUCAAUAUGGAUUUGAUACAGAAUUGUAGAGCCCAACUGAGGCAAGCUGUACAUUUCACUCAAAAUAGUCAAACAAUUCACAGUGUAAUAUAUUUAAUUUGUGGCUAUUUUAAGUCAUCCUUGUUAUCAGAUCUUAGUUAUUUUCCAGUGGUGCUCCAGCUGACACUGUACCCUUUCAAAAAUACCAUGGCAACCAAAACUGUGGUUACUUUGUGGCAAUUAGCCACUACUGUCAAAAAUAAAUAACUAAAAAUGAUAAUGAUUCUAAAACCUUCUUACACCUUUUUUAGGCUAUCCCAUGCGUUUUUUGCGAUUUUACAAUAAGUAGUACUAUUUUGGCUAUGGUUACCAUGGUAAUAUUUGUGAGGAUAGUUGUAUUUUUGUGCCUAGAGAUGUACUAGCAUCACUUCAUCUUAGCGCUUGCAUUUGUAGGCCACAUUCGUUAAAACCUCGAUGCAAAUCAGUAUGCAAAUGUUUUGAACAUCGUUGGUUUAACGUUUCAUUAAAAAUGAGAAGGCCUUUUCAAAAUGGCCUUUUAGCUAUUUUGAACCUCAGAUAGUAAUGCAGAACAUCGUGCUACUUUUCGACUGAACUGAUACCAGUUAUUUAAAUUAUGAAAGAGAUGCUGUGGACCUGGAAACAAGCUUAGAUGGGGAAGCCUUUAGCAGGGGAUCUUAAAGCAGCGGUAUCUACAUGAAUGCCAGUAAAAACUAACCAAACUGAGUACUUAAUGUUGCAGUGUUAUGUACUGAAUUUGAUUAGCUUGAGAGAUUAUAACUGCAUUGUAAAAUGUAUUGUGUUUUAAACAGGGCCGUUUCUAGCUAGAAGCUGUAUAAGCAGUCAUUUAGGGCCCCAGAGCCACCAUGGGGUGCUGCAAAGCAAGGUUGAGACCAUUCAUGGGUGGGGGGUCCCUCCAAGUAGGUUUUUCGUUUAGGGCUCCCAUAUGCUCUGAAAUGAUCCUGGUUGUAUAUAUUCAUCACACUGGAAAGAACGACGAGAUACAGUAUCAGUAUGACAAGCAAUAGUGUUUGUCAAUGGCUUGUAGGGUCUAUGUUCAAAUGAGCAUUUUUCUGUUAAUUUCCCUAAAGUAGAUUGUCUUUAAAUGGCUAUUACCAGAGAUUCUUCUUUUUAUAUCAUGAUGUUUCUUUAAAAUGUCUUUGACUGUUUUAUUUUUAAACAGUUUUCUGUAAAACUCACGUUUCAUGUCAAGUGCCAGUAUUCAUAUUCACUCAUUUGUAUUUGAUACUCAAAAGUACAGCCCCUUGGCUUAGAGAGGAUGUUUGUAUUUGUGGACUUUCAUCCCUUUUACUUGCAUUAUGGAAAUUAUAUAAAGCCCUGAAUACAGAAGAAAGAAAAACAUAUAAAUGUACAUAAUUAAAGGGAGGAAAAUGCAUCUUAA